AUGGUAGGUCGUCACACUCCUUUGUUUAUGCACGUCCAGACCGGAAAUGAUCUGGGUGAAAAAUAUGCAUUCUUUCUCGCUUGCUAUGCUCGCACAUUUAAAAUACGCACGAGCUUCUAUGAAGCUCUUUACUUUUAUGUUAAAAGUUCUAGUGACGACGACGACGGUUACGAAGCGGAUGAUGAAGGUUCCGAAUGUUCACUUAUACCGUCUCCACCAAAAGUUGCACCACCCCAUGUAACCUUCACUUUCUCUAAACCAGAAGUACCUGUAACACUUUUGAAAUCUGAUGGUCAACAUAUUUCAACUGGUCCUAACAAUAACAAUAACACAGCAAUCUUUGACCAGGAGCGUGGCGAGAAACGAAAGCUUGAUGAAAAUGGAAGUAACACGCCUACGCCCAAACAACAGAAAAGAUAUCAUGUGCAUGGGGGUUAUAUCAUGGGGGUAAAACGUGAGGUUCAAGGGGAGUAUUCGGUGGAAGACAUUAAACGCUUGAAGCUGUCACCGGAAGAGGACAGUGAGACACGGUCACAUGAAAAUAUGCAUUUGCUUUCAAACAGCUUGUCUGGCACAGAAAGAGGCAAUGAUUUAAACAUCACUUAUAGUGCUGCCUCCUUUGUCUCUUCUGUGUCAUUGCCGACUUCUUCAGAUGGGAAUGCGCCUUACAAAAAUACCAAAACUGAAAACGCUGAUAAAAAUAACAUAUCUGAAAACGAGGCAACUUCCUGUCCAUCACGCUGUCAGUGCAACGUUAUUGUGAGCUCUUUUGUGCGAUAUCUACGAGAAGAGGCUAACUGCAAGGUUUAUGCUACGCAUGAUGCCGUUUCCCGCGAAUGUGAUCAUCCAAAAUGCGAGGCUCGGUCACAAAAAAUCAGCGAACUAACCAUGUCUGACAGUUCUUCCUCCUCCGUCGCUUCUGUGUCAUUGCCGGCCAUUUCAGUCAACAGUGUAGACCUGAGUGCGCCUGUCAACUUAAUACCGGAGCCUAUUGUGAGCACUUUUGUUCAAUAUCUACGAGAACAGGCAAAGUGCAAGGUUUUUGACGCAUUUACCCGCAAGUCUGAUAAUUUGGAAGAGUGGGUUUAUAUAUCAGUCGAGCCACAACAAACUUUCGAUAUUUUGCCAUGUUGAUUUUGUUUUUCGUUUAUUAUCCAUUUUUAUUUUCUCUCUCUCUUUUUUUUUUUUUUUGUUUGUUUGUUUGUUUGUGUGUUGUUUUAUUUUUCAUUCUACUGUAUUUCGAAUUAACAAACUUUUAAUGGCAUUAGACUUUUUUUUCUAUUUAUUUUACUGUUUACGUUUUCGUUGUAAAGAGUUUCGAUCUGAUAAUUAGAAUUUUUGGUUUUAUUUCAUUUUCAAAAUUUUCAGUUCUACCGUAUUUCGGUAUGA